GUUUUGAUUGAAGGCUGAUUAACGUUCCCUCUCUUUUCGCUGCCACCAUCUCCCCAGAGCCACUCACCACUUCCGCAAUCCACUCACAGUCAAAGCAAGCUUUCAUUUCCCGUUAUAAGCCCAAGCCAGCGCCCACUCUCAUGAUCACUUCAGCUUGAAGUUGCCUGCAAGUCUUUCAAUUCACAAGAAUGCUUGUAGAUCCGGAGGUUGACCAUGAGAGCGUUGCGCGCGGCAGGUGGUGGGAGACAAAGCUAAGCGUCGUCGACUGGUCCGUCCCCGCCCCACUCCAACUCAAGCGUCGUCGCUACUGGCGCAAGCACUCGCCCAUUCAGCCCCCUCACUACCAUGACCUCCUUCUCCGACCAUCUUUCCCCUCUCGCGGUCGUUACGGCGCAAUGGCAACCAAAACGACUACGCCCGGUCCCGCCACUCUGACCGUCACAGCUGUCGACCAUGGUAACCACACAAGCCUAGGUGUAGAGGAGGUUGACAAGGAGAGUUGGAAUGAUGGUCUUAUUGGUGUGCGGAUGGCGGAGGAUGCUCUACAGCAGUUCGAGACCGACGUGGGAUUCCACUAUAGCAUCAUGCCGGAUGUGGUGCUCCAGGAGUUCCUGACCCGCCACUUGGACGUCGGCUCGGAGGUGACCAACGAAGACCUCGACAAGAUUCGUGACAUAUGGCUCCAUCGUCUCCAUGAACUCGUCGGCGAGUAUGUCGUGCCCGAGCGCCCUGCUCUCAAGCUCGAUGAAGACUUUCGACCAAGAAGCAUAAUAUUGAAGUGCGCGUGCAGCAGUCCCCGCCUACUACCGGACCUAAGGAGCUCCCGCAGCCCGUCACUGUCUCUGCUCGUUCGCCCACCCCUACCUCCGCCAGCCCUGUUCAUGCUCCGAAACAGUCGAACGGGCGUUCGCGAUCCGCUUCCUCCCUUGCAUGUGGGUCAUUUAUACCCUCGACGUCAUCUCGGUCCCCGUCGCCACCCGACUUUGUGUUCCCAGCGAUCAACG